AUGCUCAAAACCAAACAUUGUACCAUCUUCUUAGCCCUUCUUUUGUUGAAUGCCCAUUUGGGAAUCUGUGGUGGGUCUUCAGUUUUUGACCCAAAUUCAGUGAAACCCAUUGAAUCUCGGAGGUUUUGCGGUGGGAAAAUGAGGGAUUGCGGUGCCAUGGAGGAAGAGAUGGAGUCUGAGAUUAGCAGAAGGGUUUUGGUGAUGCAGAAGAGGUACAUAAGCUAUGAUACUUUGAAGAGAGAUUUGGUGCCCUGUGAUACCCCUGGUGAUUCUUACUACAACUGCAAAGGCCCUGCCCCUUCCCACCCUUAUAACAGAGGGUGUGAGAUUAUCACCAGGUGUGCUAGAGAGGUCAGUGAUAUCAAUUCUUGA